AUGUUAAACCUCUGCAACACUCUUUUUUUUUCUGAAAAAGAUUUAAGUCUUGACCAAAAGAACUCAAGGUUAAGUUCACCUGCUACCACGUCACCUAACGACUAUGGAGAAUCUCCCAGACGCCACUCUUGUUCACCUGAUAUCAAACUCACUCGUUUUUACAAACUUCCGGUUAAUACCCAAUUUGAAAGCAGUAGUUACACUGUCAUCGGAUCUGUGAAUGGCUUAAUAUGCUUUUAUUACAAAUCAUACAAUGAUGAUUAUCUCAUUCAUAUUUGGAACCCUUCUCUCUCCGCUGUGUUAACUCUCCCCCCAUAUUCAUUGUCCACCCGUAUAUCAAAAAAAAUCUAUUUAAGGUUUGGAUUUGAUCCAAAAACCGAUGAUUACAAAGUCGUUAAGUUUACAAGCCUUUUCCAACCAUGCAACGAGGUAGCGAAAGGUGAGGUUUAUAGCAUGAGAAAGGGUUCCUGGGAGUUGAUAAGUCAAAGGCUUCCACCGCACGUCAUUUCCAAUCAAAACAAAGUUGAUGUAGAUGACAUUGACAGCUAUCUUCAUUGGCUUUUUUAUAUUGAUAAGGAGAUGAAAGCACGUACAAUAGUGGCAUUUGAUUUGGGUGCAGAGACAUUUUGUGAGAUUCCUCUUCCAGAUUCUAUACUAGAUUACACUCAUUGGUAUAAUGUUGUAGGAGUUUUGUCUGGAAAACUUUGUGUGAUAUCAAGAGGCAAAGGUGGUAAAUGUGAGGUGUGGGUGAUGGAGGAGUAUAGGGUGGCUGCAUCAUGGGUGAAACGCCAUGUCUUUUCUCAUUUGAGUGGUGGUAUAAUUCCAUAUGGAAUCACAUUACACAAUGAGUUUCUUCUUAAAGUUGAUGGUGGUUUUUGUUUGUAUGAUCCAAUUUCAGCCAAAAAUAAAACGUUUGAGAUUAAGGGUAGAAUACACAUUACUGAAAUUGUGGAGUAUAUUGACAGUCUUGUUUGGGUAGCACCUGCCGAGCAUGCGCUGUCAAAAGGGCAUCUCUCGGUUUCUAAUUGGAAGAGGUAUCGGUUAUUAAAAGGACUACAAAAGGCAACAAAGGGCAUCUCUCAAUUUUUAUUUUGCGAAGGCAUCAGUCGUUAA